AAGGGCACAACACGUGCCUAAAAUAAGUUUUGUGCAAGUGAUUUGUAUUAAAGUGAAACAAAUUCAAAAUGCACGUUUUACAAUUGCUGAUCUGUCUGGCCGUUGUCUGUGUCCAGGGAGGUGGAGUCCAGGGACCGGAGGCACGUAGUGCCACGCCCACUGACAGUGAGAAACAACGAAGUGCGUCGGCUGGCAUCCUGGACUCGGUUCUUCGCGGCAAUGGCAAGAGUCGUCAGUCGCGCUGUGUGCGCUGCUAUGAGGAUCGUUAUUAUCCCAGUACAGGCAGCGAUCGUGGCUAUAGCGGCUACUCAAGUCGUUCGGCAGAGGAUCCGCGCAGUGCCUGGUAUUAUUCCUACGAUCGUUAUGAAGAUCGUGGCAGCGGUGGUCGCGAUCGUGACUAUGAUCGUUACUACAGUCGAGAUGAACGUUAUUCACCGCGCACCUACGAUCGCUACGAGGGGCGUGGCUAUGAUGACUAUAGAAGGGGAUCCACCUAUGAUCGCGGAUCUGGCUAUGAUCGCGGAUCCGGCUAUGAUCGCGGAUCUGCCUAUGGAUAUGGAGCCUCUGCCUACGAUAGCAGAGAUCGUUACUAUGGUGAUCGUUACAGUGACAGUUCACGGGAUCGUUACUAUGAUCGCUCACGUACCGGCUACAACUAUGACAAGUAUGAUCCGUAUGAUCGCUACUAUUCAAGGUAUGAUUUUCGCAACUAUCGUCCAUGGGAUGAGACCUACAGAGGACAGUCGGGCUUCGAUAAUUCGGGGCGUGGCUAUUACUUUGCCGGCGAUGACGAUGACAGUCGCUCCAGUUCGCAUUCGUUCUACGAUCGCGAGCGCGUCCAAUCGCAUUCCUCCGCCGCCUCCCCUGCCUCCCCCUGCGGCCACCUGAUCAGCAACUGUCCCUACGGGGAUCGGGGCACGAAGGUGUCCUCCUCGGCCAUUGGCAGCGAUAGUUAUCGUGGCGGCCACACGACUGUCAUGGGUGACAUGGGCAAGCCCAAUGGUCAGGGCAGCUGGACGUAUCUGGGGGAUCAGGAUAAGCAGAGCAGCAGCGGUGGCAGCAACGCUGGUGGCAACAGCGCUGCGGGUGUUGCAGGCAACGCCAGUGGCAGCAGCGGCGGAGGUGGCGGCGGUCGGGAUAGAGAUAGAGAUAGGGAGCGUGAUGCACAGAGCUCUUCCUAUGGUGGCCGACCACGUCCUCUAGGCGGCAGUUACCUCUUUGAUCGGGACAGCAAUGCCGUUGCAGAGAGUCCCAGCGAUGCCGCUAACUCAACUGGUGAUGGUCCUGGUGAUGGUAGCCACAAAAUGCCAGCAGCUGCGGCCCAAACGGCUCCUGCCCCAAACGAAUCCCAGCUCAAUGACAAGGAUAAGUCAAUGAAGUGAGGCAGAAGUUGCCCCACCGCAAUCGCAACCGCAGCAGCCUCGUAGGCGUGGCUUUAACUUAAUGUCUUCUAUUUAUGUCUAAUUUCUAAGCCUUAUAACUUUAUAAAUACUUAUGUGUGGCACGCCGAAGCGAUUUUGCUCAAUAAACACUUCAAAGGAUUCUCAA